UUUCAGUAACAGCAAGUCAGCCACCUCGGUAGCUUGCUAGCCAAAAUAUCCGAACCAAUAAAGCUCUUUAAACGCUUUCGUGUAUAUUCGCCACUGUUUUAAACCCGUUUCUGUCGUCUAGUAAGUUAUCCGAUUUAAUUUCACAUUAUGAUGUUGUUGUUUUUGGUCAGCAAGCUGGGUGGUUAAGUUAUCACUAGCCCAGGUAGCUAACAUCCCUGACCAUGAGCUCACUAAGCUACUCUCCUGCUAAAGAAGAUGAGGUCUGCUGGACGGAGAAAGAAGCUCUCGUGAAAGAGGAGGAGGAAGAGGAGGCUGUUACAGUAAAAGAAGAGGAGUAAGAGAAAGCGUGUGCAGUUUUUGGAGUGAAAGAGGAGGGGGAGAUGACUGUCACGUUGAAAAAAGAGGAGGAGGAAGAGGAGGAAACUGGAUAUCUGGGCCCGGUUUCCCAAAGGCAUCUUAAAGCAUUCAAUUGUUCUAAUGUUGAACUUAGCCGUAAGAUGCUAUUGAGAAACCGUUCCCUGAUUAACACUAGAGAGAGAUGUGACUAUCGUGGAUCCUCUGGGCAGCCUCAACAACAUCAUGAAGCUGAAGAGACAGAGACGAGUCUCUCCCCAUCAGAACGCCUCAAGAAACACCAGCGGAAACCCACAGGGAAGAAAUCUCACCUCUGCUCUGACUGUGGGAAGAGUUACUCAAGAUCAGAUUCACUAAAAGAAUACCAGAGAAUUCACACAGGCGAUACAACUCACUGCUCUGACUGUGGGAAGAGAUUCACCUCUUCAGCAAACCUUAAAAUACAUCAGAGAAUCCAUACAGGAGAGAAACCUUAUAGCUGUGAUCAAUGUGGGAAGAGUUUUAAUGUUCCAAGCAGUCUGAAAACACACCAGAGAACACACACAGGGGAGAAACCUUAUAGCUGUGAUCAAUGUGGGAAGAGUUUUAAUGAUCCAAGCAGUCUGAAAACACACCAGAGAACACACACAGGGGAGAAACCUUAUAGCUGUGAAUUCCGUGUGUUCUUUUGA